AUGUCUCACUGCAGCCGCGCCGCCGCCCGCCUCCUGGGCCGCUUCCUCCGCCUGCAGCAGAAUGGGGUCCGGCACUGCUCCUACCUGGCGUCAAGGAAAAACCUCUACAUCAACAAAGACACCAAGGUCAUCUGCCAGGGCUUCACAGGCAAGCAGGGCACCUUCCACAGCCAGCAGGCACUGGAAUAUGGCACCAAUCUAGUUGGAGGAACUUCUCCAGGGAAAGGGGGACAGACUCACCUGGGCCUGCCUGUGUUUAACACUGUGAAGGAGGCUAAGGAGCAGACCGGAGCCUCUGCCACGGUGAUUUACGUGCCCCCGCCCUUCGCCGCCGCCGCCAUCAGCGAGGCCAUCGAGGCAGAGAUGCCGCUGGUGGUGUGCAUCACCGAGGGCAUCCCCCAGCAGGACAUGGUGCGGGUCAAGCACAGGCUGCUGCGGCAGGGCAAGACUCGCCUGGUGGGCCCCAACUGCCCCGGCGUCAUCAACCCUGGAGAGUGUAAAAUUGGCAUCAUGCCUGGGCACAUUCACAAGAAGGGAAGAAUUGGCAUUGUGUCAAGAUCUGGAACCCUGACCUAUGAAGCUGUUCACCAGACAACCCAAGUGGGCUUGGGGCAGUCUUUCUGUGUGGGGAUUGGAGGUGAUCCCUUCAAUGGCACUAAUUUUAUUGACUGCCUGGAUGUCUUCCUGAAGGAUCCUCGCACUGAGGGGAUCAUCUUGAUUGGGGAAAUUGGAGGCAAUGCUGAGGAGGAUGCUGCAGCAUUUCUGAAAGAGAAUAAUUCUGGUCCCAAUGCCAAGCCUGUGGUGUCCUUCAUCGCGGGGCUGACGGCGCCCCCGGGCCGGCGGAUGGGGCACGCAGGAGCCAUCAUUGCUGGGGGCAAGGGGGGAGCCAAGGAGAAGAUAGCAGCUCUGCAGAGUGCUGGAGUGGUGGUCAGCAUGUCCCCUGCCCAGCUGGGCAGCACCAUCUACAAGGAGUUUGAGAAGAGGAAGUUGCUGUAGGAGAAGCCACUUUGGAGCCACUUUGUCUGCAGAACAUCAGUGCAGCACCUGGCCUCUGCUUACCUUCUCUCUGCUCAUCCUCAGUUGCCCAAAUGACUGACGGUGGUCUAUGAAUUUGACUUGGAAGCCAUAAAGCUCCUGGCUAAACCUGUUCUGCUGCCUCCUUGGUUCAGACCUGAGCACCUCCUUGUAAAUCACAGCACAUUAAUAAAUCUCCUACUCAAUCUGCCUCACCUCUUGGAUUCCUGCAGCAGAGCCAUUUCUCCAGUCAGCAGCAGAUAAUCCUUUUGUAACCUAAGCAGUGCUCACUGUGAAGGUAAAGCUGCUUCUAGAGGUGCUUGUGAGGUUCAAGGCACUGCCUCUGUGCACACAUCCCCCUUGGCUUCCUGCUCAGCUCACCCAGCCCUGCCCCUUGCUGCCAGGGGGCUGUGUGUCAACACAGGGCCAAAGCUGCUGGAUCUGAGCAGGCUGCUUGUGGAUGCACCUGGCUGGACAUGCCUGAAGUCCAGAGCUGCCUUGCAAGGCUGAGGAGUCCUGCACUCUCUGGUCCUCUGUUCCUGUGUGGAGAGAUGGAAUUUGUGUCUCAUUUCCCCUGCAAAGGUAGAGUCAAAGUGGUCUGGCAGUGUGAAGAGUUUGAUCUUUAGCUGAUGUCCCUUCAUUUCCCCUUCCCCUUAGCUGGGAUUGCAUUGCUUGUGUGCUCUGAGGACCCAAGAGCAUUGGGGUGUGGAGGAGGAGGAGGAGGAGGAUUACUCUCUGGAGAAGGCACAGAGGGAACUUUCCUGGUACCCACACCCUGCACUGCCAUGCAGAGCCCUUUCCCUCCCUUGGGCUGGGCCUCUGAGUGAAUGCUUCAACCUUCCCAGAGGGAGCUAAACUCCACAGAGCUUUCCUUAAAGAGAAGACUGAAGACCUUGUGCCUUGACACAUGUCCAGAGCUCACCUCCUGUUCCAUGAAGGUGCUGCUACAACCCCCUGUGGUGUUAGCUGUGGGAACUUGCUCUUAGUUUCCUCAUUCAGUGCCUGUGCAAUUCCCCUCCCUCACACAAGCAGGAGGCAGCUCUCUUGAUCCUGACAUCUGCAGUUUCUAGAGCUAAGCCCUGCUGCAGAGGGCAGGUCCUGUCCCUGCCACCCUGAAUGCCUGCUGGGAGCUUCCCAGACACAGGGGUCAGCUGCUGUAUUGUUCACCUUGCUGUGGCUGACUGAAAUAAAGCUGACAUCCU